UGUCGUUUCUCGUAGGAUUUUCAAGGAAGCUCCGUGAAGCUGAUCGAUCUCUGUUCACGUGAUAUCGUCGCUGAAGUGCAAAAGCUUUAUUUAGAACGUCAGAGGAUAUCUCGGUGGGAUCCAAAUCGACACCAUGCCUCAGAUCAGCAAGGAUGAGCUCUUGGCGGAAGGAAAAACCAAAAAGAUUUACAGCGUCAAAGAAAACCCGGAGCUGGUAAUUGUCGAGUCUAAAGAUCAGCUCACGGCAUUUGGAGGUUCCAAAUCUCACGAGUUGACCGGGAAGGCAAUUAUUGCCAAUAAAACUGCAGUGAGGAUCUUCCAUUUUCUUCGAUCCGUUGGGAUCAAUUCGCAUCUCGUUGAGAUUUUCGGAGACAACGCUUUCUUGGCCAGGAAAUGCACAAUGAUUCCAAUCGAGUUCGUUAUCCGACGCAUCGCAACCGGCUCAUUUCUUAAGCGCCAUGUUACAAUAAAGGAGGGGCACCGGUUCUGCCCUCCCCGGGUCGAGACUUUUUUCAAGGAUGAUGCUCAGAAUGAUCCGGAAUGGAGCUUUGAAGAAGUUGGACAGCUGAAGGUUAAAUUACCCAACGGGGAAUUUCGCCUGGAUUCCAUUUCAUAUCUGAGGCAAAUGAUCGAAGGAUCCCGAGCUAUAUUCGAGUGUCUGGAAAAGGCAUGGUCGACUAAAAAUUGCGUUUUGGUCGACAUGAAAAUCGAGUUUGGCAUCGACGACACUACAGGUGAACUUCUGCUUGCGGACGUGAUUGACAAUGAUUCUUGGCGCUUGUGGCCUGAGGGGGACCAGCGACUCAUGAAAGACAAGGAAUUGUACAGGCGAAUGGAUGUUGUGACAGCUGAUGGCCUGGCGACAGUUCUCAAGAACUUCAAAUGGGUUGCUGAACAACUGGAAACCUUUGUUCCGCGCCCGAUCUGUCGUGUUAUUUUGGUUAUGGGAUCAGAGGCCGAUAUGCCGUUUUGCGAGAAAAUCAGGAUGGAGUGCAUGAACCUCGGCGUUGGUCCUGUUCACCUUCAUGUGGCAUCUGCUCAUAAAACCACAACAGCCACUUUGGACUUGAUCUCAAAGUAUGAGGGCGAUGGUAUUUCAACUGUUGUGAUCGCUGUUGCCGGCAGAAGCAAUGGUCUGGGACCAGUAAUUUCUGCCAAUUCCUGCAUCCCUGUCAUGAACUGUCCUCCACCAGACGAGCAAUGGUCAUCUUCUGAUGUGUGGUCCUCUCUUCGAGUACCAUCAGGUUUGGGCUGCAGUACGGUGAUGUUUCCACAAACUGCCGCUUUGCAAGCAGCGCAAAUCCUGGGGCUGACGAAUGCUUUCAUCUGGUGCAAAGUUCGCGGGAGACUUCUGCAAAAUCAACUCUUGGUGUUCCGUUCAGAUGACAAGAUCCUGUUCAAAGGAAGUCCGGAAAUCCCGGCUUUCCCGUUUGAAGAUGCCGAAGCGAACCAAAACGGCAAUUGAUGGGGUUGAUUCAAUAACACGACCCUGAUGAAUUAUGCAUCGUACAUGUGUAUUUUGGGAAUCUUUUUGAAUCCGAUUUGCAAUUUGAAAUCCGUCAGAUGAUCUGAGUGCAGUAUCAUUGUUUUCCUUGCUGCUGCUGAGGUGACGGGAAUUCUGUUUUGGUGCAGGUUUCAGUGAACGAUACGGGAAUUUAACAAUAUGAGAUUGGAUUUCUCGGGGGAAAAACUGUGAAUGUUUCGUAAUUAUUUUGCGCUUAGAAAAAUAACUGAGGAUUUCCAAUCAUUAUUGCGUUCUUUCAUUUUUAUUAUAAUAGCCAUAAUUUCGAACUCAUACAAUAUAUGUGUUUUAAUCUGCGGAAAAUGGGGUUACUGUUAAUAGUAUGAGCUCAUUGAAAGUGAUGCUUGAGGUAAAAAGGCAAAUUUUAAUUCGGCAAGUCUUUUAUUGUUAUUGGCAAUGGAGGGAAUAGCAGCUGUUAAAUCAAAUCUGUAUUCUCUGGACUUCUCAUGAUGAACUGAUCUCGAAUUGCCCUUGAAUAAAAAUAUAAAAAUGAUGGGAGAGACGAGGUUU